AUUUUGUGAAAGCGACGGACGAGUACACAGGGUAGUUGGACAUUCUUAUAUUUUUCUCCGAACUGUUGUUGUCAGCAUAACAAGGAGCGAAAUAACAGGGAGAAUGCUGGUGAUAACAUUGAGUGUGUUUACUGAGUUGAUAUAACAUCAAAUCAAUGAAAAUGCAGAGAGAAAAUCAAUGUCGGAAUUUUUCACCGAAUAUCUUCAAUAAAAAUAAAUGCCAGAAUUGUUUUCGACCCAGAGAAACUCAUCUUUUAUCUGAUAAAGAUCUUAACAAAGCUGUGCCAAUAUACUGCGGAUGGCUUCUGCUAGCUCCCAUUGGAACAGAUUUUGAUAAUCCAACUCAUAGAAAUAGGAAAUGGCAAAGAAGAUACUUUGUACUGUUCGAACAUGGUGCUUUACGAUAUGCAUUGGAUGACAAUGCAAACACUCUUGCACAAGGAACCAUCAACAUGAAUCAAUGUUCUGAUGUCGUUCAUUCAGAAGUUAUCACAGGACAAAAAUAUUCAAUUGGAAUUUAUACAACCGACAUGAAAUAUUUUAUAAGAUCGGAAAACAGAGAAAGUUCUAAUGCGUGGUUCGACCAACUCAUAGUGUUUCCUGAAACUGCGAAGAAAGAUGCUCAGAGGAAGAAAAGAGCUGGGAAGAGAUACACCAGGCCUACUAUUGAUUAUACAAUUGAUCAAGAAAAAAGUACACCACCGGAUAUACACGACAAUUUACGAAGCCCAAAAUUGGAAAAUACGGAUCAACCGAAAUCAGAGCCAACUAUGGUGCUCUCUUCCCCAGAAGCUGUUUCGGAAAACAAGAAUUUUCUUAAUGUUGAUGUCAAACGUGGGAGGAGUAUAUCAAGGAAAUCGACAGAUAUGAAGCAGGGAACACAAACAUCCGACAAGCCACUACGAAGAGCAAAAUCGCUCGACCGUGAAUCCAUUGCUGUUGCGAUGGAAGCUCUCAAUCAAAGAAAGGGAUGGUUGAUGAUGAAACAAAAAGAUACGAUUAAAGAAACCUUUUCAAAACAUUGGUUCGUUCUGAUCGAUAAUACGCUCUGUUUUUAUAAAGAUCCCUCGUCUGAAGAUGCAUUUUCGAAAGCAGAGGGCGAAAUAAAUCUGACCGAAGUCGAAAGAAUGGGAGAAGUUGAACUGAACCGUAAUUAUGGGUUUUCGAUUCAAACUCAUGAUGAAGAAAUGCUGUUAGCUGCUGUCACAUCUGGGAUUCGAAGGAAUUGGAUGAAUUCUAUACAGAAAUGCUUGAAAUCUACUGCAGUGAUUGAGAAAAUAAUCCCUGAAGCACAAAAAUCUCCACCUCCUUAUAUUUCCGGCACAACUGCUGAUGACGUUACUACUGUUGAGAUAAAACGACAAAGAAGAGCGAGGAUUAGGGAUAGAAGAAAAACAGGGAGAUCAAGAACUUAUGAUUUUGCAGAGUUGAGGUCUGCUGUGCAUAAUUCAAAUGAUAUUGUCCCGGAACCAGAGGUGGAUGGAGUCAAUUUAACUGAUUUUGCAAUCGAACACGAGGAGAAAAAAGAGAGGAAACACGAAGCAAAGCAAGCUGAGACAAAUCAUGAGAAUGAAAAAGUGGAAAAAGAAAAAUUUCCAGUAGCGACAUCACCCAAAUUGACUACGAGUCGGACGCAUGAUUUGGAUGUAAAAGAAACAGUCUCUGUUAAAAGUCCACACUUCAUUUUGCCAAGGUCUGCAGCUGGCGAGUGGACGAAAAUAGAGAAUUUCGAUAACUUUUUGACUUCGACUACUAAGCAAUUUUCACCAACGAAAGAUUCAUCUUCGUAUUCCGCUUUAAAUGGCUUGAAAGAUGAGGUUGAUUCUAUUGAAAAACACCUCGAAAAAAGUCAAAAAGAAAAUUUGGAAAUAUUUGACAAUACUUCACUCGAAUCUCUGAAAGGUGUUGGAAACAGCAUUUCAGAUGUCAUUGGAGAAAAUAAUGUCAAACAGGAUUUAUCAAGUUAUCAUAAUGAAGGAGAUCUUGAUAAAGUAAAAGCCUUAGAAAUUGCUUACAAGGGUGCAAUGGAUGAAAAUAAAAGACUCAAAGACGAGAUUCAUCAAGGAUUACAAACGAGGCAACAAGAAAGUGAAAAACUGAACGCUAAAAUAAGAGAUUUGAAAAUGGAAUUAACGAAAAUGGAAAAACGAUCGAAAACACAAAGGUCAAACUUGAAAUCAGAAACAAGUGGAAGCUUCAAGGCUCGAGUCUCAGAACUAGAAGCUGAAAUGGAGGACACUGGUCAAAUGCUAGCUGCUCGUUUGUCAGCCUUAGAGAAUCCUCGCAGGAGAGAAACAGAUGAAUCUGAUGAAGCAGGAUCCAAUUCCUCUUGCUCCUCCAUUAACCAAAUGAUGAAACAAAAUAAAGAGGAUGAGAAAAUUGAAGUCUUAACAUCCAAGUUGCGGAAGAAAGAAGGUGAUUUAGAUUCAACGCAUCAGAGGUUGGAAGAAGUUAUAAAAGCUUUGAAGGAAGCAAGAAAAGCUGCUCAGUCAAGUACUGAUGUUCAUGAGACUCUUCAGGCAAAUCGAACAACCAUAACAAACUUGAAAAAGAAAAUAGCAGAAGACGAAAAGAAAUGGUUUUCAGUCCGACAAUGUUUACACGAACUUCGCGUUAAAAUCGCUGAAGUACGAAGUAACAAAUUUGUCAAAGAACCUCUAAAUAUUUUACCGUUUUUGGAAUCGGUUUUAGAAGAUACAUUGCAAACUAUUGACGGUGGAAGUGUACAAAUAAACUAUAACAAUUCACAAGUCAACCAAAAUCAAUCAAGCGAAACCGCAGCAUCAGGAGAUCAAAAUGAAAAGGAAAUUGAAAAAAUGACAUUAGAUAAACUCAAACUGCUCACAGAUCAGUUGAAAAUAACAAGUGCGGACGUAAACGACAAUCUAUCGUCAUCAGCAAAUGAUACAACUAUUUUACCUACAACGUCUCAUCAAUCUAGAAGUGCACUUUCUUCUUCCAUUUUAUCAAACUCUCACAAUUCCCAGGAUAAUCUUCCCCAUGACAAUUCAGUGUUUUCAAAUCAAACUGCUAACUUACUAGCGGAACAACUCAGUUUACAAGCAAUGGUCGUUGCUGAGAUGGCUUCCUCGCUCGAGAGAUACGAAGCGAGUACUUCGCCGACGGCAACUCUACAUUCAGACGCCAAGGGGGUGUUUCCGCAAACGUUAACACCCGGAGCAGAAAGUGAAUUGCUUAAACACGCUGGUGUUCUUGCGGAAAAACUUUUACUAGAAAGUCAUUUUGUGAGGGAACUCGCGGAUAUUCAGAUUAAAGAAACAACGAGGAAGUCUUCUCCGACAACAAACGACUCAGAGUCGUCAAGUUCGAGUUCUCGAAAACGUCAACAAGAAACAAAGCAUCGGAAUUUUAAUGUAGAAGGAGCUGGCGACCUUUCGCUCGUUCAAGCACAGAUCCAUUAUGUUCUCCAUGUGUACAAUGACAGAAUAUCAAGGUUGACGCAAGAUGUAAAAGAAGCCCAACAUCGUGCUGACAUGCUGCAACAAAAGUUACAUGAACUCGUUCAUGCAUGUAAAACCAGGGAUAUCGAACUUGUAUCGGAAUUGGCAGUGGAAGUCGACACUAAAAUGUCACUUGCUCAAACAGUGGAUGAUUUACCUUUAUGGAGACAGCAGGUUGACUAUGGAAUGCUACAUGGCGCUGAAGCAAGUUUUUCCACCCUUGAUCUCCACGUUGAAGCAGAUUUUUUCACAAAACUGGCAAAAGAUGUUUCUUCCAUGUCAUCAGAUGUUAGCAACCUCACUAACAUAGGAACGAGGAUUUUGGAAUUAGAUGCCUCUCUGUCAAAAAUGUUGAAGCCUUCUGAAAUAGGAGAACAUGCAUCAGUUAUUGCCUAUGAAGCCAUAUCUCAAGCUCAGCUGAUGUUUCUUUGUAAAAGGAUACACAAUGACUAUGAAGCACAAAUUUCAAAAAUGAGGUCUGUGGUUAAACAACAGACAGAACAUUGUCAGACAUUACAAGGAAAAUUAAUGGAGAUUGAAAACGGGGAUGCCACCAGAAUGCAAGAAAUGGCUUCGGAACAUAAACAAAAGGUUGAAAGACUAAUGCAGCAAUUAUCUAUGGUUGAGAAAGCAAGAUUAGAAAUGACUUCGGACAUGGAUAAAAAAUUAUUGAAUUUAGCUCAAAAACAACAGAGAGAAAUGGAAAGAAAUGAAGCUAGGCAUAAACAGGAAACUGAAAAACUUCGCAAGGAACUUAAAGACAACAAGUCACAUUUACAACAAACAGUUCAGGAAUAUAUCGAAGAAAUUGAACAAUUGAAGAAUAGUCUCAAACAAAUAAAAGAAUAUCAUGAGCGACAAAUCGCUGACACUAAAUCGAGUUACGAGGAGUCGUUAUCUUCUGUGAAAAAAGAAUACAAAAUCAAGAUUGAUGAUAUCAAUAAAGAUAACGAAGAUAAGAUGGAUAAGAUAAAGGAUGAAUUUAAUGAAGAGUUUGAGUUAACUGUGGAAUCUUAUAAAAAGAAAAUAUCGGAGCUCGAUAAACAAAAGGUUGGAGAAAUUGAAAAAUUGAAAGAAAAACAUGAAAAGGAAAUUGAAGAUUUGAAAGAAGAUAAAGAAAAAGCUGUCAACAACAUCACACAAAAACUAAAAGAAAUGAUGAAAAUGAAAAAUGAAUUGGAAGAAUCUAAACAAAGAGAAAGAACAAUGUCUGAGUCAAAACACGACGAACAAAUGUCGGAACUUCAAGAAAUGUUUGAAAGAAGUGUCACGGAUAUCAAGGACAACCAUCAAAAGCAGUUGGAUGAGCUGGCUGAGCAAUAUCAACAAAACUUGAAGGUUAUUGAAGAAGAAAAAGCACAAGAAAUGGAAGACGAAAUCACUUCGACUAAGAUGGCAAUCAUUUCUAUGGAAAAGCAUUAUCAAGAAGAAUUAGAGAAAUUAAAAUCAACCACAGUUGACAGGAGUGCAAAAGAAGAAACGGAUGAUCUCAAACGUCAGAUUGAGACAUUGUCGGACCUUUAUACAAAAAAAUGUGUCGAAUUUGGAUUAAAAGAAAAAGAAAAUGGAGAUAUAGAAGAGAGGUUGAAUACAGCUGAAGAAAAUAACAGAGUAUUGAAAGAACAAAACGAUCAUUUGUCCACAAAUUUUGAAAAAGAGAUAAUGGAAGUUAAAAAGUCCGCAAAACAUUCUUCAGGUUCUGGAGCGGAUGACGGUGUCUAUCAACUACAGAUUGAACUUAGCAUGAAAAAACUACAGAUUGCAGUUUUGCAGCAACAGAUGGAAUCAUUUAAACAACAGGCAUCAGUUGCUUUGCAGGGAAGAAAAUACCAUCGCUCAAGAAGGCUAACGGCAGAUGGAGGCAUUGGUCUGCCGUCAGGAAAAGGAUACGAUAUUGUGAAAUCCAAAAGUCAUCCAGAUUUUAUAUCAUUUGAAGAUCUUCCAUCAUCAAAACCUGUCAAAAGGAGUUCAGAAAGAAGAAGUUACUCGAAGCUUGGAAGAGAAGGCGUGUCAAGCUAAUAAGUCUAAAAUAUUUUAUUGUUCAUUUUCAUCAUGAUUUUUAGCUAAACCACGAUGUCACACAAUGUAGUCUUCCAUUUGUUAUCAUAAAUAAUUAAUUAAUCCACAUACUAUAUUAUUGUUGUUAUUAAGAAUUAUAUUAGUACUUUUCUAUGAAAGCAACGGUGCUUAGCUUUUUACAAUAUUUCUCAUCAACCUGACUUGGUAUUUCUACCAAAUCAUGCGCGAUAAGGCAUGGUCCAUGAUGGAAAUAUGGAAUAAUAAUGCUUUUCAGUCAGUGUUGUUUGUUUUAUUCUAGUUUAUGUUUAUAUUAUCACUAGUUCAUCUUUGAAAUCAUGAAAAUUUAUGUAGCGUUUUCCUGAUUUUUUUUGCUGUGUUACCUUUGGCGCUACUUUUCAUAAUCUGAUUUUGCACGUUUUCCGCACAUGAAAUUCCAUUUUGGCGCUAAUUUCAACCAGGCAAUUGACUAAAAAUGGCGCUUAUGAUUUGUUUGACUUUUUUUAUAUGGAAAAAUAUUCUCAGUUACCCACUGGAUCCUAUGUAGGGUCCCUUUGUUUAUUUUCUGCGAUUUUGGUGGAUGAUAUUUUUUGUUUUGACUAAAAAGGGAAUUUAUUAUUCUCGGAUUGUUGCAGCUUUCUCUAUUAAAAUGAAAUGUACUGUUGUUGCAAAAUAAUUUCUAUAAAUAUCUCAAUAAAUGUGUAUGUCCUUUU